CUGAAGGAAGAGAGCGAAGAUUUGGAUCGGUUCGCUCGGAGGCACCGUCCUAAAGCCUACAAAUUCAUGGAGUACGACGAGAGAUUCGAGAAGGAGUUCGAAGCGGUCGCGGAGGAUCCGCUGAUGGCGAAGGCGUACAUUGACUGGCUCAAGUGUCGCAGGAAACGCGCGGCGACCAUGGCCGCCGUGAAGACGAAGAUGCAGAAGGAGUUGCUGUCGAGGGUUUGGGAACGACUGGAGGAACAACAAGAGAGAGCUUUCGACGAGGCGAUCGCCUCCCGGGUGCUGGACCAGUCUACCUACGAGAAGCAGAUCGUGUCGAAGUUGUGCGAGGUGCGCGACCAGAAGAACAUCAUGGUGGAGAACCAGAUGAUCCUCGAAAAGAUGGCUGCGGAGACGAACGAGACAGAGUAUCGUAUGAGCUUCGAGCGGGAGAAGGAUUUGGCUUGCAAGAGGCAGAGGGACGUGGAGAUCGAGUGUCAGAGGAUGUGCGAGCUACGGCGGAGGCUGCACGAGGAGAAGAUACGAAAGCUGCAGGAGAAGCACCGGGCACUUUGUCGCGAGACGGUACAAGACGUGGUUAACCUGGCUCUGAAGAUCGAGGACUAUCAAAGGGCGAACGACGGCUGCGUUCCGGAAUCGAUACUGCGCGAAUGGAAGACGAUGUUCGUUCGAUGUCAACCGCUCUUCGACGAGAACAUCACGUGUAUCAUCGAUAUCGACGUCGAAGUGGACGAGGAACGCGUGCUCGAGGAAGUAUCGCGGAUUAAGAUCGAGAAGACCGAGGUGUUGCAGGACGCGCUCUUCGACGACUACGUGCUGACGAAUCCGCCUUGGAACGCUUACGCGCCGUUGCUCGCGGAGGAUGAACUCGAGAUGUUCGAGUUGGGUCGCGUGGUGCUUGGGUACAUCGUCCAUCGUCUCCUGAACUACGCUCACUCCGAUCGGAUCGAUAGAUCGCGAAUAUCGUUGCCGAAAGCGAAGAACGCCGCGAUCAUCGUUGGCGUAGCGAGUCCCACGGUACACGAGUCGCUUGGAAAGUUGUUGGAGAGCAACGAGAUUCGAUUGGUGAGGAUGGAGGACGCUAUCAAUUAUUGCUUGGAACGGUACAAGAACGAGACGUUGGACGUGGACUCGAUCGACGCGAACGUGAUCGCGGCGACCAACGAGAUCGUUAACGAGCUUAAAAGAGGCAAGCGUGGAAUGGGUUCUCUGAGGAGAUUGUCCAGCGCACGGUUAAAGUCCGAGGAAGACGCGUCGUCGCGUCGAAGCAGGUCGUUGAAGCGUCAAGGGACCAACGAGACGGACACGAAAGCGGAGGAGAAGUCGAAGACGCGGGACAAACAGACUCAGACUCCGAGGAACUUGCCCUACGACGAUCUGGACGCCACGUUGACCGAUUCCGCGUACAUUGGUAAGUGGGCCUACGAAUAUCUCGUGCUGGGCGAACCGAUCACCAACGAGCUCACCACCAAGAUUCUGAUCGAAUACCUCAAGAGUCUCGAUGGCGUCAAGAGUUGGGCCGUAAUCGACUAUCCAAACACGUACGAACAAAUGUCUCUGUUGGAAGCAGCCCUGACGGGUUCCAAAAUACCCCCGAACCCCGAGGUCCUCGAGUUCGAAGACGUCAGCAUCGAGGACGUCGAGUCCAUCGAGCCGAGAAUCAUCUACGAGGACGAUAUCAACCCCAUCCCGUUGUACAGACAGUCGAGGCUCGUGCCGGACCCUAUCAAGCGGAUCGAGGACAUACAAUCACCCACGUUCGCCAGGCUGUUCGUCAGAGUCGCGCAGAAGCCGAAGAACUUCGAGCCGGAGGAUCGAUCGUACGAAACAUUGAAGGAGGACGCGCCGUCGAUCGACAAGUUCUAUGCUUUUCAGAGAGUCGGUUAUCUGUUCUAUUACACCAGCUUGGAUUCGACGACGUUAAGGGCGUUGGCUCGGCUGGUGAUCGGGAAGAACGCGGAAGGAAAACCGUCCGAGGAAUUGUUCGGGGACGCUCCAAAGAGUCACGAGCGAAGCAAAGAGAGGAGCACGGGCUCCAGGGCGCCGGUGAUCAAACGCACAUUGCCGCCGUCCGAUAUCGACGAGGAAACGGAACAGAGCCAGGAGGAUGAGUACGAUGACUUCCAAAUGGACUUCGACCCUCGACAACCAAGACCAGGCGAGGCGAACUGGGAAUGGAUCGAAGUUCCUUUACCCUUUGCUCUCGUCGAGUACCUGGCGAACCUUUGGGACGACUUGGAGAAGAUGUACACGGCAAAUCUUAAGGAACUGUUGUUCCUGAAGAGCGUACACGCGUCGGGAGUGAUCCCGUACAAGGACUGCAUCGCGAGGAACGCGGCAGAGUUCAUAAAGAGACCGUGCAACAAGCAGGAUCUGUUGCACGAGUUUCAUUUGAUGUUCAACGACAUCGACGAGGACGCCAGACACGACGCCGACGUCAAGUGCGAGCUGCACCGUCGGGUGGCCGACUUUCAGACCCAAUUGUGGGACAUAUGCGACCGGAGGAGACUGGAGGCGGAAGAGGAACGGAUACGGUUCGUCGACAAAGAGUGGAUCGUACAUGACGCGACCAUUUUGUUCAACGUUUACGUAGGGAUCGUUCAAGCGGAGUUGGACCGAUUCAUCGACACGAUACACCUGAUACAAGAUUACUAUUUGACCACGUUGAAGAGACCGCUGCAAGAGACGCGUUUCUCGAAGGUUGUUCUUAACAGAAUGCAAGUGGGACACGACGAGCCUGUGAGCUUUCAGGAACAACCGGAAUCCUCGAAGCCCGCGGAGAAGCUGACCGACCGGAAAGAGACCAAACGGUCCAAGGCUAAGGCUGGUUCUCCAAAAUCGAUCGCUGUUUCCUCUUCUCCGCCCGCGGUCGAAUAUUCUCACCUGCGAAAAGAGAUUUACGACUUGUUGGUAGAUAGAAAGAAACCUUUUGACGGUGGAGAGAACGCGAGCAUUUUCAAGACCAUUAUGGAAAACAUUCGUUACGCGAGGAACAUCGUGGAUGCUGUUUCAGCGAGGACCAACGACAUCCUCAAGAGAGAGACAGCCGCAACGUCCAAGAGCAAAGAUCUCUCGAUCGAUUCGUCGGAUUCCGUAGCCGUGAGAACAGCGUCCAGAGGACAGGAUGUCCUGUUGGAAUGGCGGUAUGCCACGACGUUCGAGAUAGAUCGAAUUCGCGCGAAACUCGACGCGAUAGCCGCCGCGGCCCGAACGGAUGUCGUCUUCUUGCUGGAAACGAUGCACAAGACUUUCCAUCAGUUUUACGAUUCCAUCGUGGACAGGUACUGGCGCGAAAUGAAGAGCGUGAACGAAAUGGCGAACGUGUUCUGCUUCGCGAUCGAGGAGGCCAGAUUCCUCGAGAGGGAGAUGCUGCUGGAGGACGACCGUUUCGUAAUACGAUCGAACGUGUUCGUGAUGGAAUUGCCGGCGGAAAAGCGUACGACCGUGAAGGAAGUAGCGUCGGACACGCGAUUCCGCGUCGGUCAGCUGGCACGAUUGAUGGAGGUGCUUCGAAGAGUGGCGCCGCACGGGACCAUGUCCGAGCGAGCGUUCGUUUACAUGCUUCAGGACCUGGUCAGUCACGGGAUGGAGGAGGGCGAACGGAUAUCGUUGCCCUGCUGCUGGUAUCGAUUACGAUCCACGGACGUUUCGCGUCUCGUCGAUCGACUGUUCGAGUCCGCGGACUAUGUCGACUGGCGGGAAUUCGUCGUGUACGCGUUGGACCUUCCGUUGCCAUCUCACCGGGACAUUCUGCUCGCGAGGGACCGCUUCAGGAUCCAGGAUCAGGACUUGAACGAGCUGGUGACCGUCGCUCAGUAUCUCUGGACGCCGUUAUGGUUCCUCGAGUGCACCGGGACGGACGUCGACGUCUGGCAGCUACUCAGCGACGAUUACCAAAGGAAUCGCGAGGAGCUGUACGACGAGGAGCUCUAUCAUUUCUCUCGCGACGAAUACGGCAGGGGAUCGUCGCUGAGGGCGAGAGCGAGCUCGAUCUCGAUCCUGGAUACCUGCUGCUCGAAUCCCGAGGAAAUGCUGAGGUUGAUCCUGGCCAAGGACCUGCUCUGCCGGAUGUACAUGAUCGAUCAACGGACGGUCAAUUACACCGCGUUGCUGUUGGCCUUUUGCAAGGACGAGGAUCCUCGCGAAGGGUUCGCCAAGGCGCUCGCGUUGGCGCUAGGGGCCAGAGUCUGCACCGACGUGGACGAGGGCGAGAGAUACGUGGAGAAACUCUACGAGCAACGACGUGUUGCUCGACGGGUGCAAACGUCGCGCGAAGCUUCUCGUCGCGAAACUAAAAGGAUAAUCGAGCGGAUCGUUCGUCGCUUGAUGCACAAAGUCGACGAGAGUAUCGGAUGGACAAGAGGAAAGCAAUCGCUGGAAGACUUUGAUCAGAGGAUCUCGGUUCACGACUACGACGAAGGGAUGGAACACGGUAGAAUUUCGAUAAUCAGUUCCUCGAUAUUCGGCGAGGGCGACUUCGAAUGUUGUUUCACGGAACAAGAAGCUGUCAUUUAUUGGCUGUCGUUGGACGUUUGUCUCACGGUGCUGGCUGCAGCGUUACCGUGGCACGUCUUGAAACCAGAGAUUUUCGAACCGUGUCUCCCGAGUCUUCGCGACAGCUUAACUUUCGUGUACCAUCAGCUGAGGGACGACGAUCUGACCGACAACGAGAACGUAGUUCUUGCGCAUCGACUUCUCAAUCACGAGUUUAUGACACGAUUGCUGAACAGCACCAGCAACUUCACCGCCAAGAAUAUGGGAAACAUGAUUCGGGAGAUUUUACGAACGAGGGAGGACGCAAAACUCGGUUAAUUCGCGAUUCGAUUGUCCGUGAUACAGUAAUGAUUCUUCAAAUGACUUGUAAGAAUGAAGACAAUGCUUAUAAAAGACUGUAACUGUCAGCAAAAUUGCGAAUAAAUAUCCACUGGUGUCCGAUUUUGUGAUCGUUUUAUUUAUAAACCAUUACUGUAGAGAGUAGACACACAGAUUAAUCCACGCGUACUUGUCCGAGAGGAAAAAGAACGAAUGCAAUAAAGAUACACGGGAUCAAGAGGAUAAGCCUUAACAAGAUUUAUUGUUUCGAUACAUCACGAGUGUAACCUGUGAAAACCUGUAAUCUUCCAGGUAAAUUGAGGAGAUAUCAUGUUUUACGUACACGAGGAUGCAUUUUUUUUCAUUCUUUUUUGCGUUUUAUGUCUCUUUGCCCUACGGUUCGCAAUUUUCUUCGGUGUCGGUCUGCUCUUUCAGAGUACCAACGCAGAGAUUAUAAAAUGUCGUUGCUUUCGUAUCAAAUAGUCCUCGUGUCCGUUUCAUUCGUUCGCGAAUACCUUAAUGCCUCGACAUAAGCGACGGAUUAUAAUAAUAAUAAUCGUACGUAUUAUUAUGCAUCGCGUUUACGCGCUCGCGCGUACGUAUCAGACUAUCGAUUACCAUCAUAUAUAAAUACUUACGAUCUCCUUACUCUAUGCAUUUUCGUUUCGAUCACUAUGUCGUCUUUGUCGAUCAAGUUUCGGUAAUUCCGGAACGAGCGCGAACGAAAAAUCAACGAAAUGAAUAUGCCCCGUCCGAUGGACACCAGAAUUUACUAACAAAAAUAAAAGAUCUCUAUUCAAACAAAUCCGAACGCAUCGUUCGCGAAAAUAUCAAUUUCGACGUCUUUUUAUCGGAGAAAUGAAAUUAAAUCUAAGCCCAUCGCGGGAGGAUUUCCCGGAUGCAAUUUUCAAUCAACAACGGAAAAGAUAUUCGCGUUUGAUACACGUCGAUCACACGUCUCGACGUUUCCCGACGUCUCUCCCUUAUCUCGAUUAUCUAUAAUAUCGAUAUUAUUCGAUAACGAUAAUUAUAUGGUACAGUGUCCUUAAAGUAGAUUGAAAUCGUUUCAAACCGCGUCGUUCUUCUUCAAGUUUUAACCUCCUUUCGAUAUCGACGUGCAAGAACAGCGCCCGACACCCGAUCGUUGCGAAAAACGAGCAACAUCGAUCGGUUCUCGGGUAACGCUGUUUGAUAAUCCGAUCGGUAGGAGCGGACGAUUAAGGGAGCGCGCAGAGGAUUCCGUUACAAACACGGAACAACGUGCAAAAGGCAUCGAUGUCGCUGUUCUCGUCGCUCGAAGCUCGAUAUUUUUCGGGGCUUCGAAUCGCUGCGAAUUCCCAUUUUUAUACCAUCGCAAAGUACACCGAUGCUCGAUAGUUUCACAACUUUCAGAUAUUAACUCGUUUCGGAUACCUGGAUAUAUUGGACGACAUAUUUCUACUGGAAAAUUGUCAAUAAACCUCUUGCAAAUCAAAUUUAAAUUCAUUUUCAAUUGAAUAAACAAUUUAUAGUCUAGUUUUAUCCCACAUCAAUCGUACGAUCAAUAGGAAGUGCUGAAACUACUUUGGGUAUGUAGCGUCAAAGUAAAUGUCACAAUAAACAUAGAAGACAGCAUAAAUUAUGAUAGUUAAUAUGGUCAACGGAUAGGGGAUGAAAUGCCCUUUAAAACGA